CACUUUCUGGAAAACAAACGAAGAUGGACGAAAGUGACAAAGUAUAUGAUGAUAUAAAAGGAGACCCAGUGUGUGGAUCGAGCCAUCUGGAAACAGGGAGACCAUGGGGGAAACUGAUUAAAGUGGACACCAGUGAUGAGGUGCUGCUGAUGAACAGGGAGAACACUGUUGGACGUAAAAGGGGCUGUGAUCUGUCAUUCCCAACAAAUAAGUUGGUGUCAGGCGAGCACUGCAAGAUAGCUCUUGAUGAAAGCUCAGGUUUAGUCUGGCUCGAAGACACAAGCACUAAUGGCACUGUGAUCAACAUGUCAAAACUGGUUAGAAAGCAAACGCAUGUACUGCAACAUGGAGAUAUCAUCCACUUUGUGUACAGAAAAAGUGAGCCUCAAGAAAAUGUUGCCUAUGUCUUUCACUUUAUUAAUUCAGAGCAAGAAGAUUCCCACAAUGCUUUUGAUCUAUCAGCUUCUGUACCUUCCGACAUGACUCUCUCUGUGUCACCUGUCUUACUCACAAAACCUCCCCAAGGUUUGACCCAGGAAGAACCACUGCCUUCAACCUCCGCUUCUCAUUACUGCAUCAGGAGCACUGCUGCAUCUGUGCAGGUUUCAAUCUCUCAUACUGCAACUGGUCAACAAAAAGAGCUUGGCUCUGCACAAGAUGAUAACAAUGACCACUUGGAGCCUGAAAGGAAAAGGAGGAAAACUGAUGAUGGCUCACUGCAAAGGGCUGAAGUAUCAGGACUAAGUGCAGAAGGCAAUGCCAAUGUUGGGUGUAAACCACAAGGACAAGCAAAGAAGACUGAUAUAAUGGAAGAAUCGCUGACUUGUAUUAUUUGCCAAGACCUAUUAUACGACUGUAUUAGCUUACAGCCUUGCAUGCACACAUUUUGCGCUGCCUGCUACUCGGGUUGGAUGGAGCGUUCUUCUCUUUGCCCCACCUGUCGCUGUCCUGUGGAGAGGAUCUGCAAAAACCACAUCCUCAAUAACCUGGUGGAAGCGUACCUCACUCAGCAUCCAGAGAAGUGUCGCACUGAAGAGGACCUAAAGAGCAUGGACAGUCGUAAUAAGAUUUCUCAGGACAUGUGGCAGCCCAAAGUGGAGCGCUCUUUUUCUGAUGAGGAGGGCAGCUCAGAUUACCUUUAUGACUUUUCUGAUAAUGACAGUGAUUCUUCAGAUAACAGCCAGCCCUUAGUGAUGUGCAGACAGUGUCCUGGAUACAGGAGUGAGGUCAGUCAGGUGCUGCUGACCCCAGGCUCCAGCUACUGGCUCCGAGGUUUGUCUGUUCCACUCACUCCUUUGCCCUUACCCACUGCACCCAAGCCCCCCACUAAGGAGGGACUGACAAGUAGUAGCAGUGAGCAGCCCUCUACAUCUGCCGAUGUGUCACCCGCUCCCGUGGUUUCUCAGCAGUAUUGCUGCCCCCCUUAUACCUCACAUCUGAUUUGUACCUGCUGCCUCCAGCCGAUGCCAGACAGACUCACCGAGCUAAAUACACAAAAUGGACAAAAGCUGUUUGCUCAGCAAUGUUUCAUAUGUCUGCGCUACUUUUGUCAUAUGUACUGGGGGUGUCCAAGGGUUGGCUGUCAGGGCUGCCUGGCCCGAUUCACUGAUCUGAAUCUGACAGAUAAAUGUUUGGAUGGUGUACUCAACAACAAUAAUUAUGAAUCAGAAGUACUUCAGAAUUACCUGUCUGUGAGAGGAAAGACAUGGAGAGACGUGCUGCAGGAGUCUCUGCAGGGUCUGCAGCAGGGCAGCUACACUCUGACAGAUCGACGGAUUUCUGCAAACACUGUAAUAUGCUACUGCUGCGGCCUGCGCACCUUCAAGGAGCUGGCCUACAAGUACAGACAAAACAUCCCUCAGUCUGAUCUGCCAGCUGCUGUUACAUCUCGUCCUGAUUGUUAUUGGGGUCGUAACUGCCGUACCCAGGUGAAGGCUCAUCAUGCCAUGAAAUUUAACCAUAUUUGUGAGCAGACACGAUUUAAAAGCUGAAGAAGGUCAAAGUCUUCCAUUACUAUUGCUGAGUAUGUUAUGCAAUGCUUUUGUUUUUACUUUUGAGUAGGUGGUAGUAUGUUAUGCAAAACCUUAUGCAGCUACAAUCAGAGCUCAUUUGUAACUGACUUAUAAUGUCUAUUGUCUUAUUUGGCAUUGGGUUGUAUAAGAUAUUUCUACGCACAAAAAUGUAAACUUUAUUUGUUAAACAUCUGUAUAUCAGCCUUGUUCACUAAAACUACCUCCAAGAGUUUUAAAACAUGUAUCUAAAGCCCGCCACAUGCUACAAGAUUUUUCAUUAAGACCACUUUCAAAAGUGUGACAAAAAGCGCACACGUCAGACACAAGAAGAAUCGCACUAGAUUUCAAAUCUAGCACAAAGACUGCACAGGGAAACCACACACUACAGGCUAAAGGAAAAAAAAAACAACUACAGGCUAAAACACGAGCGAGCAAAUUCAGCUGUUUCCUGUCUACAGUGGUACAAUUUAGAUUCAAGUCAAAACUGUCAUUAUUAUUAUUUGUGAAAUGUGGUGCAAUAGUUCAUAUAAAUGCUUUUUAAUGUCCAGAAGGCUGGCGAUAAACUACACAGGAAGUAGAAUCAUGUUUA